GCCCUGCGUUGUAGAAGCAAACCAAUGCAAAGCAAUCCAUUUGAGCUUCACAAAACUACCACUCCAACGUGUGCUCCUCUCUCAAGUGUGUGUCCGUGUGCUAGUAGCCUACAGCACCGUUUCUCUCGGGAGGUACUCCAUAUACACGUUGAUUAACACGUAUACACAUCCUUCAACGACAAUCAUGGUCGGCGCUCAAGAGCAAGGGCUGAAGCUGCUGGUGCCGCGGAGCGGCGUGAGCAUAUAUGCCAUCCGCGUCCAGAUGCCGCUUGCCAUGAAGGGUCUGGCCUACGACUACCUCCCCAAGGACCCCGGGUGCAAGAGCGACCUACUCCUCGCGUCCAACCCCGUGCACAAGACGCUGCCCGUCCUCAUCCACGGCGGCAGGCCCGUCUGCGAGUCGCUCAUCAUCAUGGAGUACCUCGACAACGCAUUCCCCGGCAACGGCGCCUCCAUCCUCCCCGCCGACCCCUACCGCCGCGCCGUCGCUCGCUUCUGGGCCGCCUACAUCGACAACAAGAUGUUCCCUUCGUGCAUCGGCAUUCUCAGUACGGCGAAGCAGCAGGAGAAAGCCGACAAGGUGGAGGAGACCUUGGCGGCGUUCGGGCUCCUAGAAGCCGCCCUGGCAGAGUGCUCCAAAGAAGGGGAGGCGGAGGCAGAGGCGCCGUUUUUCGGUGGUGGCUCCAUCGGGUUCCUGGACAUUGCGCUCGGGUGCUAUAUUCCCUGGUUCGAAGCGAUAGGCCGCCUUGCUGGCAUGCCGCCGUUCCUAGACGCAACGAGGACACCAAAGCUUGCUGCGUGGGCGGGGCGGUUCAGGGCCGCCGAGCCGGUCAUUGCCCUGCUGACUGCGGUGGACAAGGUGGAGGAGUACAUCACUAAGGUGCUUUAUCCAAAGUGGAACGUCGCGGUCACAGUUGGUAACUAAUUAAAGAUGGUGUCUUUCCAUUGCCGGCGGGGGAUUGUGUCGAUCCAAUAAUUACUCUGCCAUUGCCGGAGCAGGCGUGCACUCUCUUCGAUCUGAGUUGUUGACAUGCUGUUGCGUGAAUACAUUGAAGCUUCGUCAUCUUGCAUCUCUCUGUCAAGAACGUUUCCAAAUGCAAUCUUUUUCUGUUGAGCUCUUUUAAGA